AUGGACAAAACAACGCGCAAUGUUCGACACCAGCUCUUUCAAAUCUAUUUAAAGGAGUGUCGACCACCUACCGUUAUCGAAUUGGCCACAGAAUGCGGCCUCAACACAACUGAAAUACAUCAGAUUCUGGACCGACUCGAGGAACUGCAUCAUAUCGUGCAAUACAAGCACCAGUCACGCUCUCCAACGCCAAUCGCAAUGGCUCAUCCGUUCUCCCAUUUGCCAACACCAUUCGUAGUGUCUCAAGGCAGUAGACGCUGGUGGGCUAAUUGCGUGUGGUGCGCAUUCGGGUUGGCUGCGAUGCUGUCGCCCCUGAAAACAACCAUCUCGACUCGGUCAGGUUCCAUUGGUACCGAAUUGGAAUUUACCAUCCAGGAUGACCAGGUUACCUGUAUGAGGCAUGAUGGUGAGCUCGACGUGGAUAACUGCCAUUGUCACUUUUCUAUUCCCCCGGUUAAGUGGUGGGGAGACGUGCGGUUUGCUUGCACUACGAUUCAAAUAUUUGCAACCAAACAGGAGGCGUUGGAGUGGCCUCAGAAGUACGGCUUCUACUCUGGUGAAAUUAUGACUCUGAAAACACUGUGGCUUCUGUCUAAGGCAUGGUAUCAUGACAAGCACACGUAUGGCUAUGACAGAAUGACCGCGGAAGAGGUUGAAACUUUGUUUAAUCAGCUAGGGAUGACUUCGGACUUUUGGAAAGCUCGGUAA